AUGGCGACUUUGGUACGUCGCGCAGCCUCGCGGCUUAUCGGAAACUGCAGCAAAAAUCGCUCAUUCGUUUACUCAUUCCCGGGCCAGUCGUGCGCCGCUCAUGGCCGCCUGCGACAUCUGACGCCGUCCAUUUCUGGUAUUAAUCCCUUUACCACAUCUGCCAAAAAGAGAGUUUCCCCGAACGAUCCGCUUCUCCGAGUGAUCGAAGCCGAGAUUGGAUUCGCCGAUCAAGCUGAUGAUUACGAUCGAGUUGAAGAAACUCCAAAUGGUUUCCCUUUCAAAAUGGAAGACAAACCAGGAUCGAAGAUCGUGACAUUGACUAGAGAUUACGAAGGAGAGUGUGUUAUAGUUGAAGUACACAUGACUAAUCUUGUGACAGGCGAUAAAGAAGAUGACGAAGAUGACGAUGAGGAAGAAAAUGAAGAGGAUGAACAACAUGAGGAUAAGCCAGAGAAGCCGAAGCAAUCCAAUGUGCCUCUCUUAGUAACUCUUUCCAAGAAGACAGGACCAAGUUUGGAAUUCAGAUGUACUGCUUUUCCAGACAAGAUUGCAAUCAAGGACAUGUGGGUUACAUUCCCUGAUGAUCCUUCCAAGGAUGAACUUGCCUAUGAAGGCCCUUCCUUCCGGGCUUUGGAUGAAAAGCUAAGGAAGGCUUUCCAUAGGUACAUCGAGAUUAGAGGGAUAGAGCCGAGCAUGAUCAACUUCUUGCACGAGUAUAUGAUCAACAAAGAUAGUAAAGAGCACUUACUGUGGCUGAAAACGCUCAAGAACUUUGUCAAGUCUUGA